AAGUACCAACACAGCCUGGCUUUAGUUUCUCUUCAGUGCUAAGUCAAUGCCUUGCGACAGACGAAAAGUUGGUGACGUUUUCGCAACUGGGUGCCCUUUUCUGCUGUAGGAGGGUUCCCAGGUGGCCCGCGGGGCUGCCGGGCCAGCCUACCCCAGCCUUUUGGCUCGGCAGUGGGCGGGAUCAACUCUGACGUCGCCAAGCCGCGUGGACUCGGCCUACGGAAAUGCAGGAAGGGGCGGGGCUGCCAGGGCGGAAGUAGUGCCAUUAGUCUUUGGCUCUACGCAGAAGCCAAUGCCGAGAGUGAGCUCCCGGAAUGGGUUGGCUGCCGCGUCUCCCCACGGGGCCUGGGAUGGCGAGGAGGACGGCGGGGGCCUGCGGAAUGGCACUUCUGACAUGUCAUUUGAGGAGCUGUUGGAAUUGCAGAGCCAAGUGGGGACUAAGACAUACAAACAAUUGGUAACUGGAAACAGCACUAAGAAGCAAAGUUCUAGACCACCUGUCCAGAAAGCAUGUGUGGCCGAUAAGCACAGGCCUCUGGAAAUGUCAGCCAAGGUCCGUGUGCCAUUUUUGCGUCAAGUUGUCCCCAUCAGUAAGAAGGUAGCCCGCGACCCACGCUUUGAUGAUCUGUCAGGGGAAUAUAAUCCUGAGGUGUUUGAUAAAACGUAUCAGUUCCUAAAUGACAUCCGAGCCAGAGAGAAAGAGCUUGUGAAAAAACAGUUGAAGAAGCGCCGCUCAGGGGAGGAGCAUGAGAAACUGCAGCAGCUGCUUCAGCGCAUGGAGCAGCAAGACAUGGCACAGCAGGAGCGAAAGCGGCAGCAGGAGCUGCGCCUGGCCCUGAAGCAGGAGCGGCGGGCUCAGGCCCAGCAGGGCCAUCGGCCAUACUUCCUGAAGAAAUCUGAGCAGCGCCAGUUGGUCCUAGCUGAGAAGUUCAAGGAGCUGAAACGCAGCAAGAAGCUCGAGAGCUUCUUGAGUCGAAAGAGACGCCGAAAUGCAGGCAAGGACAGAAGACAUCUCCCUUUGAGCAAAGAGUAAUAAGAAAACGUCCUCAGCUCUUCUGCUGCCCCAGCAAGAAAUGCAGCUCCCGGGACACAUUUGGGCUGGGUCUCUUCUGGUCCUUUCCCACUCAAGGGCAAGGCUCACAGCUGCCUUGGAACUAGAUUGGCUCAGAGAUGACUGAGAGGGUCUGGGCUGCCCCAGGGCUGGACGAGAAGAGCAGUUCAGCCUUGUGCCGCAACGCACUUCCUCUCCUUGGACCUGGUUCACCGUGUCCUCCUGUCCUUCUCCCACUUGCCUUGAGACAGUGAUUCUGGUAUAGAAAGAAAAGGACCAGUGAGUGACACUGAGGCCGGUUGAAGGCCAUAGGGUCUGCGAGUGACACCCAGGACUGAGUCUUUAUAUGGGAGCCAGUUCAUAAACACUCUUGUCACUCAUCUUUUUUAUUCUGCUUAUUUUGUAGGCGACCUAGAAUUGCUGUUUCAGGGGUUGUGCAUGGGGUAGGAAAUAAACCUGAGGCUGCUACAAAGUGGGGAGUUAGGUCACAGCCCCCUCCUACUUAAACCUAACAGAUGACAUGAUCAUUCAAAGAGGGAACCAAUUCCACAACUCAUCAACUUAGCUUUGGUAUCUGAUGCAAGGAAAGAUAGGAGGUGGGGGCAGAAAGCUUCCCCAGUAGGUCAGCACAGCUGGCUCUACUGUUUGGGUUGAGAAUUCAAUAUUGCCCACGUGGACUAGAAAAUAUUCUUAAGCUGACAAUUCAGUUUAAACGGCCUCAGGUUGGUAGUACCUUGAGGCUCCUGACACAGAAGCAAAUGCAUUCUUCUCGAGGAUUGUAUGUGAAACACAGGCCUUAAGGAAUUCCUUCAGAUAAAAUUUCACUUACAGUGAAAACACAAAGCACACAAGGGAAGAAACUACUGUGAGCAAGAGUCAUUAGGAACAUCAGCAACAGAAUCAGACGUGCAAAGACUAAGAUGUUGGAAGCAUAAAACAAAAUGUAAAAAUGUCUCAGGUUUAAAGAAAAGUUCUGGCUAAUGAAAAAACAUCGAAAAGGACCAAAUUGGUUUGAUAAAAAAAAGUUUUUAAUGGAAAAUGUACUAUUUGAAGUUAGAAACUUAUUAUGGUUAAGUAGCAGAAGAGACACACCCAGAAGGAGAAUGAACUGGAAGUAGAUGUGAAGAUGAUGGAGCCCAGGAAACAGGGAAAUGGAAACUAAGGAAAAGAGGUUAAACACGUGGAAGAAAGGAGUUCCCUGCUCUGGCACCACAGAGUCCAUGGCGCCUCCGCAGCACCGGGACACAGGUUCAAUCCCCAGCCUGGCACAGUGGGUUAAAAGGAUCUGGGGUUGUUGCAACUGUAGCUCAGAUCUGAUCCCUGGCCCCAAGGACUCCAUAUGCCACAAGCGGUGGCCAGAAAAGAAAGAAAAAAAAAGGAAGAUAGAAUGAGGAGGUGUGACACAAAUCACAGUUCCAGAAGGAGAGAGUUCUUGAGAGGCAGAAUUUUCUAAAGUGAUAGAAUGUAAAGCCCCAAGAAUCAGGAGCCCCAAGAGACAGGAAUGUGAGGGGGAGGGGGGUGGUCCUAGAAAAAUCACACAAACUAGAGAACAUUAGAUUAGCAUCUAAAAAACAGCUGAUAAAGGAAGGGGUAGAAUUCAAAGCUGAGACCUCUGUUAUUGCUUGCUGCCUCUGGGAUGGUGGGGAAAGACGUCCUACUGAUAAAAAUGCACAAAAAAAUGCAUUUCUCCCAGUGACCAAGAUGAAGGUUGUAACUGCCAGGAGAGUUCUGGCCCAGAGGGAGUGAGGGAGCCAGUGCCACGGCCUCCCCAAUGCCACAUGUGUCAAUUCUGCCGUAAAGCCAACAAACCAUUUCAUGAUGAUAAAAGCAGAAAAAGACAAACUACUGGGGUCACAGGAACCUUAAGAAAAUAGAAGAGAAGCUUGAAAAAAAAAAAAAAAGAUAAACUCAGCAGUUAAAAGCCCUCUUCUUUGUCGGAUCCCUUGUUGAUGUGACGUCAGUGCUGCCACCC